AUGGUGAAGCCAUGGAAGCGCCUUCUAUGGAUAAAGCAAGAAGAUUAUCCAGACAACUAUACGGAUCCCGCAUUUAUAGACCUCAUUACAAGACUGCGAUACAAGGGAAAAAGUGCUAAGCCCUCGAACAAUUCGUCAUCGGUCCAUCAAAUUAGAAGUGAUUUAUUUCGCUUUUAUAAUAAAUUGUUAAACACCGUUUUCGUGUACAUUAUUUUCGUCUUCAUCUAUAACUAUCGGGUAAAUCCCGUAUCUUUCGCCAUUUUCGUGACAAUUCUAGUCUCAUGGUUGCUAUCAAGGUCGAAUGCAAAACAUUAUGCAUUCGGAGUUAAGUCCUCCUUAGUCAUUACAUUCGCAAUGUUAACUUUAUCACCUAUACUAAAGUCUCUAUCAAAAACGACAGCUUCAGAUUCCAUUUGGACCCUAUCGUUCUGGCUGUCAAUAGCUUACGUGGGGUCGCUGUCAUCGAAUGUCAAUGCGCAAACUUCAAACCUUUCAACGAAUCUCUUAUUGGCCAUUGUAAUCUUAUUGGCCUCUAGAUUCCAAUCUACAGCUCAUGUUUUCUGCUUUCUUUUGAUCUGCGUCCAAUUGAAUGUGAUUCUGCCAAAUUUAAUCAACCUUUCAAACAAGUACAUCUCAUUUACCAUAAAUUUAUCGGUAUAUGGGUUUCUCACAUGCACACUAGGCUGGUCCUAUACAUUUUUGGCAUUGGCCAUGUCAUUCUUUUAUCUAUUUGUAUUGCCUCAAUGGUUCGUUUAUUGGCAAACGUACUAUCGUGGGUAUGAAUCCUCAUUAUCGAGAGUUUGGGAAGCUCAAAAACCAAUUCUUGAUUAA